AUGGCCGAAACUAAGAAGCAAUCCAACUUUGCCGUUGACUUCCUCAUGGGUGGUGUGUCCGCCGCUGUCUCCAAGACCGCUGCUGCUCCUAUCGAGAGAGUCAAGCUUUUGAUCCAAAACCAAGACGAGAUGAUCAAGCAGGGCUCUUUGGACAGACGUUACACCGGUAUCGGCGAAUGUUUCACCAGAACCGCUGCCAACGAAGGUAUCGCCUCGUUCUGGAGAGGUAACACCGCCAACGUCAUCCGUUACUUCCCAACACAAGCUUUGAACUUUGCCUUCAAGGACAAGAUCAAGGCGAUGUUCGGUUUCAAGAAGGAGGAAGGCUACGCCAAGUGGUUUGCCGGUAACUUGGCCUCCGGUGGUGCUGCUGGUGGUUUGUCGCUAAUGUUCGUGUACUCUUUGGACUACGCCAGAACCAGAUUGGCUGCCGACUCUAAGGGCGCCAAGAAGGGCGGUGAGCGUCAGUUCAACGGUCUAGUCGAUGUCUACAAGAAGACCUUGGCUUCCGACGGUAUCGCCGGUUUGUACAGAGGUUUCUUGCCAUCUGUUGUCGGUAUUGUUGUCUACAGAGGUUUGUACUUUGGUGGUUACGACUCCCUAAAGCCUUUGUUGUUGACCGGUUCUUUGGAAGGUUCUUUCUUGGCCUCUUUCUUGUUGGGAUGGGCUGUCACCACUGGUGCUUCCACCGCCUCUUACCCAUUGGACACUGUUAGAAGAAGAAUGAUGAUGACCUCUGGUCAAGCCGUCAAGUACAAGGGUGCUUUCGACGCUUUCACCAAGAUUGUCGCCGCUGAGGGUGUCAGCUCUUUGUUCAAGGGUUGCGGUGCCAACAUUCUAAGAGGUGUUGCCGGAGCUGGUGUCAUUUCCAUGUACGACCAGUUGCAAAUGAUCUUGUUCGGUAAGAAGUUUUAA